AACUAGAAGGGGGAUUUUCAUGGUCUCUUGUUCAUAGAACAGAUGAAGACUCAGAGGCAGCUUGCAGGGGAAUUACACAGAGGGUAGAAUGCAAUUCCAAGCUGGCUAUUGCACUGACCGUGAUGGAUGAAUGCUUUUUGCCUGUUAUUGAUCGGAGGAGUGGGAUAAAUUUAAUCCGUAAUGUUUUAUAUAAUAGUGGAUCAAACUUUAGUCGUUUGAGUUAUAGUGGCUUUUACACUGCGAUUUUGGAGAGAGGAGAUGAAAUCAUAGCUGCAGCAUCUAUCAGGUUCCAUGGAACUAUGAUAGCAGAGAUGCCAUUCAUUGGAACUCGUCACAUAUAUAGGCGCCAGGGGAUGUGCCGCCGGCUUUUUUCUGCCAUUGAAUCGGCACUUUGCUCUCUGAAGGUUGAAAAGCUAGUUAUUCCUGCAAUUGCUGAACUCACACAUACAUGGACAACAGCUUUUGGCUUCACGUAUCUAGAUGGUUCACUCAGGCAAGAAAUGAAGUCACUGAAUAUGAUGGCCUUCCCUGGUAUAGAUAUGUUACAAAAGUUGCUAGUGGAACAAGGAAAACAUGAGGGCAAUACAACCACAGGUUCUGAGAAAAUGGAAAAUGGAGACAAUUAUUUUAUUGAGACCAAAAUGGGAAAUAGGUCAGAUAUGGGUUCAACUCCGCAAGAUCCUCAUGGAAGUGAUGAUGUUAGUUCAAAUCCUGCUAAUGAGUCAAAUGAUGAAUGCAGCGAUGCUUCUCAAGAACUAAACAACCAUGUUUUGGUCGAUGGCACUCUCUGUUCCAAAUCUCCUUCUGAUGAAAUGGUGUCUGAGUCAGUCUCAGAUAAAUGUGUUUCUCCUUCUAGAACUAGUCACAGUGCACUACAAAUGAAGAAUGAAUUAGUGACUGCUUCUCCUGCUGAUAAAUUAAAUCCUUCCAAAAGUCAAUCCAUUUCUCUGAAUGACACUUGUUUGAGUAGUCACCCAUUAGAUGUUCUGAAAGCUCAAACUUCGGUUCAGGAAACUGCUUGUUCAGAUCCAUGUUCAGCAGAAAACCUUGACAAGAAAUUUCACUCAUCCACUGCUAUGAAUUGUGAUUCAUCGGAACUUGACAUGAAUCCAGUGUUGGAUUCUCAAAUGGCAGACAAUACUACGCCUUCUAAAGUGGUUCAUAUGAAUGACGCUCUUGAAAUUAUUCCUUCAGGGAAAUUAUCAGGAGAGAAUGUUACAAAGGGGAAUAAUGAAAAUGUAGAUGUCUCCAUUUCUGCUCUCAAUCAUGCGAAGGACAGUUAUUUGCAAGUAGGAUCUGAUGCCAAUGGGGAAAUUGGAUGUGAGAAUGAUAAGGAUUUACAUUUGAACCCAGGAGUUGCUUCAAAUGAAAUGGAUCUUGAUGAAAGUGGCCUUAAUGCUUCAGGUGAUAGUUCCGAGACUAUUCUGGUCUAACAGAAUGAUCAAGUCCUGUACUGCUCGUGAUACUCUCUGAAGCUUUCUUCUCAGAGUUUCUUGCCUUGUAUGCAACUCAAUUUUCAAGGCUUUUGAAGCUUCUGUGUUGUGCUUUUGGUCCGGUAUUAUGAAUAAGUUCCAUUGAUUCAGGGAAAUAUUGUUUGGUCCCUUGUCAAUUUGAGUUAAUUUUAUAAGAUUAAAAGUAGCUGACUUCAUUUUAUGUGAAUGUUACUUCUGCCAAAAAGAUUCAACUACAUUUGGCACCGGAUCUGGUGCCGUAUGAUCAUUUAGCCGAAUAGGUGAAGUCACUGGGAAUUGGGAAGUAAUGUGCAUCGGUUCUUCCACAGAAGCAAAUACUUCGCAUUAUAUGAUUGUGGUUCCUAUUGUAUAUAUCUGAAUCUGCUUGAGUGGAUAGGGCUUCUGCUCAAUCCCUUUGUGCCACUCAACGUCCGUAGUAAUUCAUCAAUCAUCAUAUGACACAAGCAAUUAUACUUUGAGCUAUUUUUUACUUUGAUUUUUUUGGUUUUUUUUUCUUUCUUUUUUUACUUAGAUUAGAAGCAUGUGUCUCAUCUGGCUUGAUUGUAUUUAAUGAGUAAUUGAGGGAAUUUAGAAGUUAUGUGUUUUUUAUUCGAAUCCGAGCUCCUUGUAUUCAGCUUUUGGUCAAUUUCUGCCGAAGUUCUUCAACAUAGAAUUUGGUUA